AUGCCCUACUGCGGACCCGUCUGUGCCGUCCCGUCCUGCGCGUCCAGCCCAGUGGUGGGCUUUGGAUCGAGGGGACUCGGCUGUGGCUACGGUUAUGGCUCUGGCUAUGGCUAUGGCUAUGGCUAUGGCUUGGGCUCCGGCUAUGGCUAUGGCUUGGGCUCCGGCUAUGUUGCAGCAGCUCCCGCAGCGAGCCUCGGUGUGCUUCCUGGAGUCCAGCCUUCAUGUGUCAACCAGCUCCCACCAUCAGAGACUGUCAUCCAGCCACCGUCUUGCGUUGUGACCCUCCCUGGG